AAAUACACAUGUGGCAUGCCAAAUCAGCGUUGACUAGGUCAAAAUGACCAAAGUUGCAAUGGGGCUAAAUCUUAGAGGGGUUAAAUUAUAAUUUUGGUAUUUAGGGGCCAAAAUUGCAAGUUUUUAAAAGUUAGGGGGGAAAAGUACACUUUAGCAUGUUUUUAAGUGUUUUAGUGACGGGAGAUUUUAAUCCAAAUCUCUAACUUGAAAGGGGGCAAACUGGUUUAGGGUUUGUAUAACUCGAAGUAAACGUUGCAUAAUGAUGUUUAUCGACGUCGACGGUCUUCUCUCUUCUGAGAGAGUUCCUCCGUUGGUGCUUGUCUCAUAUUCCAUCUCCUUGUAGAGUAGCAUUGCUGCCUUUACUUCUUUGGACGGCCAUGAGACACACAUUUUUUUAUGGCUUUUAUGCCUUAUAAUAUUCUGCAUUUCUGAGGCUUUAACUAAGUUUUUAUUUUUUUCUUUUUCACUUUUUCGUUUUGCAGUUGCUUAUUCAGAGGGUAUCUGAGUCUCUCAGAACUCAGAAGUUUACAUGUCUUGCAAAUAAAACUGUACAAUUUAAAUCAUCAAUGAUUAGUUGUGUUUUCUUCUAAACUACACUCAUGACUUGGCUUGUGCAGUUUUUUGUUUUUUAAUUCAACUUAGAGUGUUGAACUCAAAAUGAGUAUCACCACUUCAACAUUCUCUAUUCUUCCUUUAAACCAAUUCCUCAACAAUGCCAAAAACAUUUCUCAUCUUAAACAAAUCCAUGCACUUUUUCUCAAACACCUCCCUCAAAACGCACCUCAUCACUUUUUUAAUCGUCUGCUAUUUCGGGUUCUCCACUUCAGUGCUGAAAAAUCCAAUCUUUACUAUGCCCACAAACUGUUUGAUACAAUGCCAAACUGCUCCAAUUGCUUCAUUUGGACUUCUCUCAUUCGCGCAUUCCUUUCCCAUCACACUCAUUUUUGCCAUUGCAUUUCCACCUUCGCUAGAAUGCACCAAAAAGGGAUUUUGCCGUCUGGUUUCACAUUCUCUUUGGUUCUCAAUGCUUGUGGGCGUGUCCCUGCUGGGUUCGAAGGGAAACAAGUUCAUGCAAGGUUGGUUCAGUCGGGGUUUCUUGGAAACAAGAUUGUGCAAACUGCUUUACUGGACAUGUAUGCAAAAUGUGGCCAUGUAUGUGAUGCACGUGACGUGUUUGAUGGAAUUGUUGACAGAGAUGUUGUUGCAUGGACAGCUAUGAUUUGUGGGUAUGCCAAGGCGGGGAGAAUGGUUGAUGCAAGGUUUCUGUUUGAUAACAUGGGGGAAAGGAAUUCUUUUACUUGGACUACUAUGGUUGCUGGGUAUGCAAACUAUGGAGACAUGAAAGCUGCCAUGGAAUUGUAUGAUGUCAUGAAUGGCAAGGACGAGGUCACGUGGGUUGCAAUGAUAGCUGGGUAUGGGAAGUUGGGGAAUGUGAGUGAAGCCAGAAGGAUAUUUGAUGAAAUAACAGUGCCAUGGAAUCCAUCAACUUGUGCGGCAUUGCUGGCUUGUUAUGCCCAAAAUGGACAUGCUAGGGAAGCUAUAGAGAUGUAUGAGAAAAUGAGACGAGCAAAGAUUAAAGUCACUGAUGUGGCAAUGGUGGGUGCCAUAUCAGCUUGUGCUCAACUUAGGGACAUUAGAAUGUCUAACUCGCUAACAUACAAUAUCGAGGAGGGUUUUUGUGAAAAGACACAUAUUGUUUCCAAUGCACUGAUCCACAUGCAAUCAAAGUGUGGAAAUAUAGACUUGGCAUGGAGGGAGUUCAAUAUAAUGAGAAACAGAGAUUUGUAUACUUACAGUGCAAUGAUUGCAGCUUUUGCUGAGCACGGGAAAUCACAAGAUGCUAUAGAUCUUUUCUUGAAGAUGCAGCAGGAAGGUUUAAAGCCAAACCAAGUUACAUUUGUUGGGGUCCUCAAUGCAUGUAGCACUUCAGGUCUAAUUGAGGAAGGUUGUAGGUUUUUUCAGAUUAUGACUGAGAUGUAUGGUAUUGAGCCCUUACCCGAGCAUUAUACUUGCAUGGUUGAUCUUCUUGGUAGGGCCGGGCAAUUGGAAAAAGCAUACAGUCUCAUAAAGGAGAAUUCAACUAGUGCUGAUGCAACAACUUGGGGUUCUUUAUUAGCAGCUUGCCGGGUUUAUGGCAAUGUGGAAUUGGGUGAGAUUGCUGCCAGACAUCUCUUUGAGAUUGACCCUACAGAUUCUGGAAAUUAUGUUCUUCUAGCAAACACUUAUGCAUCAAAUGAUAAAUGGGAGUGUGCAGAAGAAGUUAAGAAGUUGAUGAGUAAAAAGGGAAUGAAAAAACCUUCGGGGUAUAGCUGGAUUCAAAGAGAGACCAAAUGACAGUAUCAAGAAGAAGCACGUUGCUUGAUAGUUUCAGCCAGUUAGACAUCUUCGUUUAUGUUUUCCUGAUUACCUUCUGUCACGAUGAGCAUUGCACAUCAUUUGUCGUUGCUUGUAUGUUCAAUUCAGUAAUUCUAACAUGAGCUUUUGAAUUACGAGCUUUAUUUUCUGGAUCAUCAUACAUGAAACCAUUAAGAAAGGCUGCCAUACAAGUAUUCUGCUGUGCAGAACUGAUAUACUGAGGAUGGGAAUUUUCUCACUAGGAGAGUCUCUCUGAGUGUUGAACCUUUGCAGAAUUGCACGUGGAAGGCUGUAUGUAUGCUUUGAACAUGGCUUUGGAGGUCCUUGGUAUCAGUUUCCCAUCCCACGUAAAUAAUGGCCAUUGUAAUAAUAAGAUAUGUCAUUGGCAUGGUCAUUUCCUUCCCAUCAGUAAUGUGGCCCUGGCUGGAGUUAUGAUUGAUCCGCAAGCUUGGGAGGUACCAGAAACAAGAUCCAAGACUUCCUUAGAGUUUUGGUGAGAAGAUUCAUGGCUAUGUUCUUGAGGAGUAGAAUCAGAAGAGAGAACUCCAUCUUGCCAUACAUGAACCAAAGAGGUUGUUCCAUUUGGAAGGGUCAAAGUAGCAAAAAUAGUAACCUUGUUAUUCUGAUAUGUGGCAGACAACCCAGAAACAGGAUAACUAAUGGUUCCUUCUUGCAACCGUGUGCUUGUGUCUACAAUGUUUGAAGUAUAGGCUUUUGGGCUUCCACUGGCUUGUGGAAUAGCCACCAAAGCUUGUGCUCCGAUCAUGGCCGGGUCAAGAUUGCUGCUUGGAUUGAUGGCCCAAGCAACCCACCUAUUUGUUGCAGUUAUUCCAGUAUGUAUGUAUGCUAUGUCUAAUUUGCCACUUGUUUCAUCGUAUGACCAGUGGAGGUACGAGGUUAACUGUGGAAGAUCACGACAUGUUGUGUAGAUUCUUCAAUCGGUUGCUUUUGGCCAAAUUAAUGGGCUUUUGAGAACAAACUCAAAGGGAUCUUUUAUUGUUUAUUUCUUUCUUGUUGUGAUGUAAAUACAAUAUGAGAGGGACAGAGGAGGGAGAUUUGUUUAUUUAUUUAAAGAGUUGGUGGGGUUUGGUUGUUGAUGUGGAA